AUGUCGACUCAAGCCUACUACAAGGAGCGCCUCGGGUUCGACCCCCAAGAGGCGAUGCAGGAGAGCCUCAACGGCGGCGCUCACUACGACGGCCACCAGCCUAAGCGGCACCGCGGCGAGCACCAGCCCGAGAAGCACGACCAGGUCUACGAGGAGAACCUGACCAAGUUCAAAGAUGAACGAGAUGCCAUACAGAAAAAGACGUUCACAAAAUGGGUUAACAAACAUCUGAAAAAGGUCAAUCGUCAUGUGAAUGAUCUGUUUGAAGACCUGCGCGAUGGACUCAAUCUCAUCUCGCUGCUGGAGGUGCUUUCUGGCGAACACCUCCCGCGCGAGCGAGGCCGCAUGCGCUUCCACAUGCUGCAGAAUGUCCAGAUGGCGCUGGACUUCCUGCGCUACAAGAAGAUCAAGCUGGUGAACAUCAGGGCGGAGGACAUAGUCGAUGGCAACCCAAAGCUGACCCUUGGACUCAUCUGGACAAUUAUCCUGCACUUCCAGGUCGUGGAAUUAUUAGCGCCAGUCGAGGCUAAGGGA